UGCUCCUUCCCUCCCACACUCGUGUCUGCUGUACCUGUGCCCACAAAAGUGCAGGGAAUAGGCUUUCUUUCCCAAAGAGGACUCGGACUCGCUCCUUCAAGCGCAACAUCCAGCGUCGUUCCUUCUAGAGCCCAAGACGGUUUCUGGUAGUCUGAGCACGUUUUGUUGCUAGAUUUGCGUGGCUUGGGUCGAUUUCUUGACCCCAGACAGUCCGCUACAAUGCCUGCUGUUCCGACGUCACCCCGCGAGUUCGACUUAAAGCGGAAACUCGCGGAGUUUCCGAACCAGCCUGAUGCGGACUCCCCCUCUUCCAAGCGCCUCCGCGGCGUGCGCCAGCGCUCGUGGGGCAAGUGGGUGUGCGAGAUCCGCGAGCCGCGCACGCGCGCGCGCGUGUGGCUGGGGUCCUACAGCACCGCGGAGGAGGCCGCGCGGUCUACGACACCGCCGCGCUCAUGCUGCACGGCCGCGCACGGCGCGGAGCGCCGCCUUAACUACCCCGAGGCUCUGCUCUCUCCGGGGGGGAUCCGCCCCGUUAUAGUGACGCGCACUAUAGCGGAAGGUCUGCUCCGCGCUGUCAACACUCUGACGCUGUCGCAGCAGUCGUCCGAGCAACGAGGGUCAACCAAUCCCUCUAGUAACGACAUGGUCGUCGACACCACUACUACAGUUGCUGCGAACCCGGCGACUGUUGCGGGCAGUGGCUGCACUGCUACUGCUACUACUACAACUGCUACUACGACCACGCCUAGCAGCGGCGCAUCUGCCGCCGCAGCUACCGCUGGCGCAACUGUCGCCGCAAGUGCCGCUGGCCCGACCUUUUCGGGGGAGUGGGUGCGGCUCGAGGUGUCCGGCUCCAACGUGCUCUUCUCCGACUGCGCGCGUCCCGAGAUUACCUCCUCCGCGAUUCCCGGCCGCGUCGUCCCGGUCGCGACGUCCGUCGAGUCCCUGGCGAACCGAACUCCGAUCUCUGACUCCAUUUCUCCCUCGCGAGCCUCGGCGUUCAAUCCGCCGCCGCGUCCGGCGUUUCAUUAGCCGCCGAGUCCGGCCUCACUUUCGAGAUGGGCUCGAUUAAUCUCUCGCCCACCUCCUCUGCCUCCCGCUCCCUCUUCUCCGCCACGCCUUCCCCCUUCUCCGCCGGUCCUCCCGCCGUCGUCGCGCCCUCCCGCCGCUCCUCCGCCCUGUCCCUCCCCGGAAGCCCCGCCAGCAGCGCCAGGGGGUACAGCCCGUCGCGCUUCCCCUCGCCCUCACCCCCGCCGCUUCUCUCCCCGCAGUUCCCCGGGCCGUCGUUCUGCACCCGCCCUUUCCCCCCAACCACCGCCCCUUCUUCCCCCCGCGCGACUAGUGCCUCCGUUUCCCCCGCAAUGCCCGCAUUCGCGCUUCCGCCUCCCGUUGCGCCAGCGUCGGAUCUCUCGCGCGCAUUGCUCGCGCAUCCCAGCUUCGCGCACCUCUGCGCGCCCGCUUCAGCUGCCGCCGCGAAUGGCGCACAACUGCCCACCGCCACUGCAGGAAUCACCGCGUGUAGUGCAGCCGCGCCGGGUGCAGGUAGUAUCUCCGCUUCAGCUGCUGCUGUGAGUGGGGUCCCAACGCACACUAUGUUCAACGCACACAACCCCACCGCUUCCUCCACGUCCGCCGCUUUUACUGCUUCCGCGGACCCUCCUUUUGCUGGUCUAGGGAGUGUUAGAGGGGAGGCUGUAUUCUCUGCUUCCGACAGCAACGGCAGAUAUGACAGCUCCGUUGAUAUGGCGGCACAGGAGGAUAGCGAGUUCUUUAAGAUCAGCAGGUCCUGUAACGCGGAUAGCAGCAGCAUGGACGCGUCGUCCCCUGAUACCCCCCUGCAGCAGCUCCCAAGCUUCUCCUCUCAGCCUCUCGCACUAUCGAGCCUGUCCUCCCAGCCUCUCGCACUAUCGAGCCUGUCCUCCCAGCCUCUCACACUAUCAAGCCUGUCCUCCCAGCCUCUCACAAUACCGAGCCUGUCCUCCCAGCCUCUCCCACUAUCGAGCCUGUCCUCUCAGCCUCUCACACUACCGAGCCUGUCCUCCCAGCCUCUCACACAAUCUAGCCUGUCCUCCCAGCCUCUCACACUAUCGAGCCUGUCCUCCCAGCCUCUCAGUUUGCCAAGCUUCUCCUCUCAGUCUCUUAAUCUUCCCAGCACUUUCCCCCAGCCUCUUGAUCUGCCCAGCAUUUCCAAGCCGCCGAGCCACCCGAAUUCUCUUCCCAGACUGCCGAGCCUGGGCCUGGAGUUCCCAAGGCUGCCGAGCCUGCCGUCGGAGUUCCCGAAGCUGCCAAGUUUGGACUGGAACGAGAUUGAGGAGUGCCUGGGGGCGCCAGGUGUGCAGCAGGAGAGCCAUGCACAGCCGCAUACUGGUGCCACGCUGGAGAUUUAGGAGCUGGUUACAUCGGACAUAGUCGGUAUGCAGUGCCUUGAGGAGCAGUGCCUUGAGGAGCAGUGCUUGGAGGCACCACCAGAUGUGCAGCAGGAGAGCCAUGCACAGCUGCUCGCAUGCUGGUGCCACGCUGGAGCUUUAGGAGUUGGUGACAUUUGGGCAUAGUUCAGUUGGUAUGCGUGCAGCAACUUCAGGAGCAGUGCCAGGCGCCAGGAGAGCUGAGAGAUCUCAUGUGGAGCUGAGUAGCCAUGCACAACCGCAUACUGGUACUGCGCGGGAGCUUUAGGAGCUGGUGGGGUGACCUUCCUUCAGACAUAGUUCAGCAGUAUGCAGGGCCUUCAGGAGCAGUGCCUGGAGGCAGCAGAUGUGCAGCUGGAGAGAGCCAUGCCCAACUGCAUACUGGUACCAUGCUGGAGCGUUAGGAGCUGGUGACUUUCGGGCGUAUUUCAGUGCGCACUAUGCAGUGCCUUCAGGAGCAGUGCCCGGAGGCACCAGAUUAGAUGUGCAGCUGGAGAGGCAUGCACAACCACGUACUGGUACCAGACCGUGUUUGGUGAGUUGUGACCAGAAACGUCUCUGCUCAGUGCGUAUUUUUACCCAACAUUUCCUUUAAUUUCAGACUGCUAGCUACCUCAGCUCGUGUUGGUAGUAGGUACAUUGAUGGAUUAGGGGCGUGCGUGUGCCUAAGGCCUCUUUCCAGACUAGGCCCAAUCCACUGCACUACAACAUGAUACGAUAGUAGGGAGGGAAUGUUCUGGUAGAUAAGAGGCUGUAAAGACGUUGCAUAGUCUCCCAGCAUCUCAGAUGUCUAA